GUGUUUUUUCUAGAACCGUCGCCGUCCUGUACCUAUUUCGUGUCUCUGUUUAUCUUUCUCUUCCUUUCUUUUUCACAGGCGCCCCCCUCUCGAUUCUUAAACUAGGGUUUUGCUCCACCUCCACACUCUCCACCCUAGGGUUUUGCUGCCUACUAUUCCCCCGCCUAUUCUAAUUUCUAAUUUCUAGGGUUUAUCACCCCCUUCUGAUCUCCGCUCAAUGGCCGCCGCCGACAAGCUUAGGGAUUUGUCUCAGCCGAUUGAUGUUUCCUUACUCGACGCCACUGUUGCCGCCUUCUAUGGCACCGGAUCUAAAGAAGAGAGAACUGCUGCGGAUCAUAUUUUGCGGGACUUGCAAAAUAAUCCAGAUAUGUGGCUUCAAGUGGUUCACAUUCUAUCAAAUACCCAGAACUUGAAUACCAAAUUUUUUGCUUUACAGGUUCUAGAAGGUGUCAUCAAAUAUAGAUGGAAUGCAUUGCCUGUUGAACAACGAGAUGGGAUGAAAAACUAUAUCUCUGAAGUUAUUGUAAAGCUGUCAAGUGAUGAAGCUUCUUUUCGUCGUGAAAGACUUUACGUCAACAAAUUAAACAUUAUAUUGGUUCAGAUUUUAAAGCAUGAAUGGCCAGCUAGGUGGCGAAGUUUCAUUCCUGAUUUAGUGGCUGCAGCGAAAACAAGUGAAACUAUUUGUGAAAAUUGCAUGGCUAUAUUGAAACUUUUAAGUGAAGAGGUGUUUGAUUUCUCAAGGGGUGAAAUGACUCAACUCAAGAUUAAAGAGCUCAAACAAUCGUUAAACAGCGAGUUUCAACUCAUUCAUGAGUUAUGCUUAUAUGUACUAUCAGCAUCUCAGAGAACUGAGCUCAUCAGGGCUACACUGGCCACACUGCAUGCUUUCCUUUCAUGGAUUCCUCUGGGCUACAUUUUUGAAUCUCCACUGCUCGAAACACUUCUUAAAUUUUUUCCUGUUCCCGCGUACCGUAAUCUCACCCUCCAAUGUUUGACUGAGGUUGCCGCUCUAAAUUUUGGGGAUUUCUACAACGUUCAAUAUGUUAAGAUGUACAACGUAUUCAUCAUGCAAUUGCAGGCCAUACUCCCACUCACCACAAAUAUACCUGAAGCUUAUGCCAAUGGUAGCAGUGAGGAGCAGGCAUUUAUCCAGAAUUUAGCGUUGUUUUUCACAUCUUUUUUCAAGUCUCACAUACGGGUGCUGGAAUCUGCCCCAGAGAAUGUUAAUACCCUGUUGAUGGGACUAGAGUAUCUCAUUAACAUCUCAUAUGUUGAUGACACUGAGGUUUUUAAGGUUUGUCUCGACUAUUGGAACUCCUUGGUCUUGGAGCUGUUUGAGGCACACCAUAAUUCGGAGAAUGCUGCAGCCACAGCAAUGAUUGGCCUGCAGCACAUGCCAAUGGGUCUUGUUGAUGGCCUUGGCUCGCAGCUUCUGCAGAGACGGCAGCUUUAUGCUGAGCCGAUGUCAAAGUUGAGAUUGCUCAUGAUCUCACGGAUGGCUAAGCCUGAAGAAGUUCUGAUUGUUGAAGAUGAAAAUGGGAACAUUGUUCGUGAAACUAUGAAGGAUAAUGAUGUCCUUGUUCAAUAUAAGAUCAUGCGAGAAACCUUGAUAUACUUAUCGCAUCUGGAUCAUGAAGACACUGAAAAGCAGAUGCUGAGGAAGUUAAGUAAACAGCUGAAUGGUGAGGAUUGGACGUGGAACAACCUAAAUACCUUGUGCUGGGCAAUAGGAUCUAUAUCAGGAUCAAUGUUGGAGGAACAGGAAAACAGAUUUCUUGUGAUGGUGAUACGUGAUUUGUUAAACCUUUGUGAGAUUACAAAAGGCAAAGACAACAAAGCAGUUAUUGCAAGUAAUAUAAUGUAUGUGGUUGGUCAGUAUCCAAGAUUUCUGAGGGCUCAUUGGAAGUUUCUGAAAACUGUUGUGAAUAAGUUGUUUGAGUUCAUGCACGAGACACAUCCUGGAGUUCAGGACAUGGCCUGUGACACGUUCCUUAAAAUUGUUCAGAAAUGCAAGCGGAAAUUUGUUAUCCUCCAGCUUGGAGAAAGUGAACCAUUUGUCUCUGAACUUUUGACUACUCUUCCAACAACAAUUGCUGAUCUUCAGCCCCAUCAGAUUCACACCUUUUAUGAAUCUGUUGGUCAUAUGAUUCAAGCUGAACCUGACCCUCAGAAGAGGGAUGAAUACUUGCAGCGGCUGAUGGAGCUUCCUAAUCAGAGAUGGAAUGAAAUUAUUGGACAAGCUCGUCAAAGUGUGGACUACUUGAAAGAUCAAGAUAUUAUAAAGGCAGUUCUCAACAUAUUGCAGACAAAUACUAGUGUUGCCAGUUCCCUUGGAACCUACUUCUUGUCGCAGAUUUCUCUUAUCUUUCUGGACAUGCUUAAUGUGUACAGAAUGUAUAGUGAGCUUAUAUCCACAAGCCUUGCGCAAGGAGGACCAUAUGCUUAUAGAACAUCCAUAGUGAAACUCUUGCGCUCGGUAAAGCGGGAAACGCUUAAACUCAUAGAGACAUUCUUAGAUAAGUCCGAAGAUCAACCACAGAUAGGAAAACAAUUUGUGCCCCCGAUGAUGGACCCAAUUCUUGGUGAUUAUGCCCGGAAUUUGCCUGAUGCUAGAGAAUCAGAAGUUCUCUCUCUUUUUGCCACUAUAAUAAACAAGUACAAGGGUGCGAUGAUAGAAGAUGUUCCUCGAAUAUUUGAAGCUGUUUUUCAGUGUACGUUGGAGAUGAUCACAAAGAAUUUUGAAGAUUAUCCUGAACAUCGCCUAAAAUUUUUUUCGUUGCUUCGUGCCAUUGCUACGCACUGCUUCCCUGCUUUGAUUCGGUUGUCAAGCGAGCAACUUAAACUUGUUAUGGAUUCCAUCAUUUGGGCUUUCCGGCAUACUGAAAGAAACAUCGCUGAAACAGGAUUAAAUCUCUUGUUAGAGAUGCUCAAGAACUUCCAGGCUUCUGAAUUCUGUAAUCAGUUCUUCCGGACCUACUUUGUGAUGAUUGAGCAAGAGAUUUUUGCUGUUCUGACAGACACAUUUCAUAAACCUGGAUUCAAAUUGCAUGUUCUAGUACUGCAGCAUUUGUUCUGUCUGGUAGAGAGUAGUGGAUUGACCGAACCCCUGUGGGAUGCAUCCUCAGUUGCAUAUGCAUAUCCAAAUAAUGCAGUCUUUGUUCGUGAGUAUACAAUUAAACUCUUAAGUACAUCGUUUCCCAACAUGACAGCGACAGAGGUUGCUCAAUUUGUGAAUGGGCUUUUUGAAUCGAGGACUGACCUUCCCACAUUCAAAAACAACACAAGAGACUUUCUUGCGCAAUCAAAAGAAUUUUCAGCUCAGGAUAACAAGGAUCUUUAUGCUGAGGAAGCUGCUCUACAGAGAGAGAGAGAGAGACAAAGGAUGCUUUCCAUUCCUGGGCUGAUUGCCCCAAAUGAGAUCCAAGAUGAGAUGGUGGACUCAUAGUUGACCACGGACGGAUUUGGAAGUUAAUCUUUGUGGGUUUAUAUAGGCUUUGCAUGGGUCUGGGCACCUGGAGCCAUUUCGUACAAUCAUUUUUAUCAAAGGCUGAGUGAUCCGUAUUUCUCCAUUUUGUGACCAUGUUGCGAAAAUUUUUUUCCCUUGUUUGUCAAGCCUCUCCAGGUAGUACAAAGGCUUCUGCUGAAGAUUUCAUUGGCCGAGUGUAGAGUAAUUUAGAUUCUAAUUUAGAUUAGAGCAUGUCAUUGUACGAUUCUGAAUUCCUCCAGGCAUUGUAAUUGAGGGAAGGAACGGGGGCUUGAACUGAUAGCUGAUUAUAAGGCCGUUUUAGUCAUUGGCAAUUUACAGUUAGGUGUAAUGUAUAAAACACUUUGACUGACUAGUUGUGCAGAAAUCCCUUUUUGGUUCGCUUAUGGUGGUUUAGAUACCGGCGGUGCUGCUGUUCUGGACA